AUGCUGGCACCGUCGUCCCCUGCCGCCUUCCCGUCGAGCUCGCCGCCAGCCCAAAUCAAGCGUCCGAGGCCCGCCGAUUCCCUCAAAGCCCCCAAACCACGAAAGUUACGUGUCUUUGGCGGCUUCGUGGACGACGACGACGACGACGACGACGAUGAUGAUGAUGAUGAUGACGGGAAUGACGCUAUUAGGCUACCAUCUCCGAAGAGGAGGAUGUUGGACUACAACACAUGCGAAUCUCGGGCUCAAACUGUCGAAACAACAGACACCCAGAAAGACCCCCAGGAGGAUCCCGCCGACACUCUCCCGGCUGCACAAGAAGUGAUCUCAACACCCCCAGAUAGCCAGUUGGACGAGGACCUAGACGAAGAAACCGAGCGCUAUGAGCGGCUAUUCAACUCCCAAGCCGCACCCUCCCUGGCCCUACGGCUAGACGACGGCCACACUGAUACCACUACAUGCUGGCUCUCCUUGUGCUCGGGUAAAUCGAUUCCAAUCCGGGAGCGAAAGGCCGCCCCUGUCGAGUCGUACGUGUCCAUGGUGGCGGCAAGAUCUAGGACCAAGGAGGGACGCGCAAAAAAGAGCUAUUUUGGUAUCGACAUCCACGAAUUGAUGGACACGGCGAAUAAGCAGAUUGCCGACGCGCGCAAGGAGACAGCUACCACACCCGUCACACUACCAGCCAACCCCGACAAGCCCAUCCGAUCCGUCGAAGAGCGCCCUACAAAUGGCAAAAAGUCCAAGCGGUCCAUGAUGUGGACCGAGAAAUACCGAGCACGAACGUUUAUGGACCUUGUCGGAGACGACCUGACCAACCGCCAAGUUCUCCGCUGGCUGAAGCGCUGGGACCCCAUCGUGUUCCCCCACGCCACCAAGAACAGGUCGGCAGCUGCGCGCCGGAAUGCCCAGCAGCAGCAGCAGCCCGAGGAGGAGAAGCCGCACCGGAAGAUCCUCAUGCUCACCGGCCCACCAGGCCUGGGCAAGACGACGCUCGCCCACGUCUGUGCGAAACAGGCCGGCUACGAAGUCAUGGAGAUCAAUGCAAGCGACGACCGUAGCAAGGACGUCGUUAAAGGGCGCAUCAGGACAAGUCUCGGGACUGAGACGGUGAAGACGGUCGAGAACAGGAAAGUGGAGCCCGGGAAGCAAGCAAAGGUCGCCCGUCCUGUCUGUGUCGUUGUCGACGAAGUCGACGGUGCUGUUGCCGGCUCUGGAGCGGUAGGAGAAGGCGGGUUUGUUAAGGCGCUGAUCGAUCUUGUUUUGCUCGACCAAAAGAACAACUCGGGUGCUGCCGGGCCUGCAGGCAUGGGACGGAAGAAGAAGAAAGGCGACGACUUCAGACAGAUGAGGCCUCUGAUCCUUAUCUGCAACGACGUUUACCACCCGUCGCUGCGUCCACUGCGACAGUCUGGCCACGCAGAAAUCAUCCAUGUCGGGAAGCCGUCAGUCGAGGCAGUCGUCACCCGACUCAAGGCCGUCUUCGAGAAGGAGGGCAUUCCCUGCGAGAAAGAUGCCGCGCGCAAGCUGUGCGAGGCUACUUGGGGAAUGUCCAGCGGGAUCGACGCCAAGCGGGGCGCCGAGGGCAACGCCGAAGGAGAUCUCCGAGGCGUCAUGGUCGUCGGAGAAUGGGUGGCCGGGCGACUGAAGGCCGCGUCCAAGGAUGUUACCCCACACCUCACUCGCCUCUGGGUCGACAAGAACGUCAUACAGGAUCUCGCUCAAGGUGGUGGCGGCGCCAGGGGUCUCGGCCGCGGUAACGUCAAGGAUAUUGUCAGUCGCGUCUUUCUAGAAGGCGCUGGCUUCCCCAAACAGGCAGCGCCGGCCGUGGUGCAGCCCAAGAACACCCGUCACGAGCAGCCGCAAGCCCAGCUCGGCUUCUCGGAGCAUCAGAAGAAAUACGCCAUGGGCCGCCUGACCGAGAUGAUUGAUACGAGUGGCGAUGUCGACCGCAUCAUGACUGACAUUUUCUCCGAGUACCCCAAUCGCGAGUUCUACGAUGACUCCUUUCUCUCCAAACCCGACGCGGCCUACGAGUGGAUGUACUUUCACGACAGCUGCGCAUCUCGCAUAUUUUCCAGCCAAGAGUGGGAGCUUGCUCCUUACGUCAGCCAGCCCAUCCUCGCUUGCCACCAUCUCUUCGCCUCCUCGCGCCGACAUCAGCCCCAGUCGGGCUACGAAAAGAAGUGGGGAGACACUGCCGACGACGACGGCGGCGCCGCUCGCCCUCUACCCUUUUCGGGCCCUCGCGCGUCGUUUGCAGUCUACGAGGCAGAGAAGUCCAACCGCGCGGCGCUCCAGGGGAUUUUGGCGCAGCUCCCGCCGACCCUGUCGCGGAAUUUCCGCAGCCCCGAGGACCUUGCGACCGACUUUUUGCCGUAUCUUGUGCGUCUCAUCUCGCCCGAUGUCAAGCCAGUCGUUGUGGGCGGCAGCGACAAGUUCAGCUCCAUCGCCAGUGUCCGGCGGGAGAGCGAGAAGGCCAUGGUCCGGCGCGCCGCCCAGACCCUCGCCGAAAUCGGCAUCACGCUUCAGAAGGGCAAGAUCGAGGUGGACAUGGCCACAGCCGGCCCAAUAAACCAUACGCAGUGGGUGUAUCGGAUGGAACCAGAUCUUGACACCCUGGCCAUCUUCGAGACGGCUGGAGCCUACGUGCUCGGCUCGCAGGCGCCCACCCGCUACGCCGUGCGCCAGGUGCUCGACCAGGAGCUACACAAGACGCUCGUGCUGCGCGAAAACGCCUCGCGCCAGGCGCGGUUCCAGUCGGGCGCCGCGGCCGGCGGUGCCCACGAGGAAUACGUGUUCAACGACAAGGAGGACGGCAAGGGGCCGAGGACGGGCACUCUGAAGCAGCUGCAGAAGGACGCCGCCGCCGCCGCAGCGGCUGCCGGCUCCGCCGCCACCGGGCCGUUGUCGAACAUCAAGAGGGAUUUCUUCGGCCGCGUCAUCGCCCAGAAAGAGCAGAUCCCCGCGCAUCUGCGCCCCGGGCCCCUCGGCGAGACCGACGCCAAUGCCAGGGCCCGCAGGGAGCAGACGGCCGCCGACGGCGGCGCCGGAGGCGGCAGCAAGGUCUGGGUCACGUACCACGAGGGUCUGAACAACGCAGUCAGGAAACCGAUCUCGUUGGCCGAGUUUCUGCGCGGGUUUUGA